UAGAGAGGCCACACCCAGUGACUCAGAUUGCCAAGGCCAUCUCAGGAACUGAAGAGUAAAGAGAAGAAGACCUGCAGACUUUGGGCUGGGAUCCAUGGCUCCUGGGACCAAAAUCAAGAACCUGGAGUCUCAGGCUCCAUCAGGGAAGCGGGCCCAACAACCAUUGCCUGUGUCCGUGCCAGUCAUGCUGAUUGCCUUGCCUCCCCCAGCAAAGGACUAUCUCUGUCUCUCCAUCACCUCCUUCUGCUUCUGCAUCCUGCUGGCGAUCCCAGCCCUGAUGUUCUCCCUUAAGACCCGUGAAGCUAACUACAAUGGGGACUGGAGGCGAGCACAGAGGAACUCCAGGCUGGCCUUGGGCUUCAGCAUCUCCAGCAUCCUCGUGGGGUGCCUUCUGAUGGCCAGCUCUGUUACAUUAAUAUUUGAGACAGAGAGCAUGACAUCAUCCUGAAGCCCACCUCAUCCAGGGAGUUCUGUCUAUUCUUGGAGCUUCUGACCUUGGAGCAACUGCCUGUGCUGAGGAAAGCUCCAGUGCAGCAACAAUGCUGAGAGUAAUAAAGAUUUCGGGGAGGUUUCA